GGAUAAGUGAUUUAAUUUCAUCCGCAUGCAAUUUAUGUUCACAUAAAUUAACAUUCUCGUUGCAUCACCUAUAUUAAUUGUUAAUAAUCGUGACUUCAUGGAAGCUGAAUACUUAUACGAACACGACAAACUACGACAAAAGCAUUUUCAAUGCCAUAUGCCAAGCAACUAUAUAUUUCGCAUACAUCAUCCUUUCUAUUAUAUUUUCGUGAUGAGCACAUACUUGAUAUGACAUACUAAUUAAGAGCACUAUUCAUUUAUUCACCAUUCAAAUCUACCUAAUACCACUUCCAACCAUAUAUUAUUAUAUCACAAUGGAAUAUUUUUCUAUGCUGAAGCUGAAAAUAGAAAAGUUAUUAUUUUGGUACGUCGAAAAAUUCUUUCGAUUGAGAUGAACGUGGCCUUUAAUUGGAGUGGGUGAACGUGGUCCAUAUUUUCAUGUGUUAGUUUUGAGCCUGUAUUGCUUCAAAUCAUAAUCAUAAUUUGUGUAAAAAUCUAGUAUCUCUUACUCUCAGUUUUUUCAAUCACCAUAUUAGGACUUUUGAUUUCUCUUUUAAGUUCCUUAGGCAUUUCACAGACUUCAAUCCUUUAGGUCAUUUAUAAAACUGACUAAUCCUCGAAAUUAUUUGGGAAUCGAAACCCAGAUUCUCCUCAACAAAGUCAGUGUAUUGACAAGUAUUGGUCUUAUUAUAGUUCUUGUCAAAACCAUAAUUUAGAGAGGUAAAACAAAGCAAACCAAAAACCAAAACACAGAGAAACAUCAAGCAAGUUCUUUCCGUCUGGGUGUCUGUCUGUCUCUAUGGACAUAAAUCUUCAACUUGUGAAAUGGACAGUACAUUAAUUAAUACGGCAACUACUUUUUUUCUUUCUUUUUUUUUCUUUUUCCCAUUUAAUAUGGUAGAAGCUUAAGGUAGCACAGACAAACCAACGCGUGCUUUUGCCUUGUGGAGUUGUGGGCUAAUAAAUUUGAAGGCUACAACUGUACUCAGAACAGAAACCAUCUCUUAUCUCAGAGUUGAUGAUGAUAUAAAUAAAGGGCAGAGAAGAGAGAGAGAAAAGAGAGAAUGGAUGUGAGAAACAUUGCUGUGGUGGUGGAAGACGUGGAUGCUGCGAGAACUGCACUGCAAUGGGCACUUCACAACAUCAUUCGCUAUGGUGACAUAAUCACACUGCUCCAUGUCUACCCUUUAACAAGAUCCAAAAGCAAAAACAAAGCUCGUGUUCUUCGCCUCAGGGGCUUCCAGUUAGCACUUUCCUUCCAAGACAUUUGCAACAACUUCUCCAAUACAAAGGUUGAGAUUGUUGUCACGGAAGAGAACAAAGAAGGAAUGAAAAUUGUGGCUAUGGUGCGGCAGAUUGGAGCUUCAAUGCUAGUGGUUGGGCUUCAUGAUCAGAGUUUUCUUUACAGCUUGGCUAUGGUCCAUAGCAACAUAGCUAACUACUUUAACUGUAGAGUCCUUGCCAUCAAUCAGCCUCCUGCGUCCCCACUGAGUCCAAUGGUAGGAGUCCAAGGAAGUUCAGCCAACAUGGACUUUUCACAGAUCGACAUAUCUAGAUUACAAGUUCCUGAACGCCCUCCACCAAAGGUAAAAUAUCGGAUUUGUCCUGAUCCGACUGCAAUUAUCUACAGAUUAAGGAGGUCAAGGAGAAGAAGAUGAAAGGAAAGAUCAACACCUCAAACAUCUCUCGAAGCUGACUGAGUUAAUUUUGAUUAAGAAAAAUUUAUUUUAAUUAAAAUGGUCCCUGAAAAUUUGGGAUCAUGAUCUUUUUUAUUUAACUUUUAAAUUUCUUAUAUAUUCGCCUGCCAUAAAUACAUAAAAAAGUGCAAUUAGCUUUGUAUACAUUUAUUUUGAUUGUAUAGAGUAUCUUGUGGUAACAUUACUUCGGUACACAUUUGAAGAUUGGUGACAUUUUUCUGCCAUCUUUAACCAGCGGCUGCUUUCCUUA